AUGUCGGAAAAAGAAAGUUUAGAACCACUGAGGUGGUUUUUUUGUGGAGGAUUUGCAGGAUUAUCUGUAGAUUUAGCUUUAUAUCCAAUUGACACAAUUAAAACAAGGAUUCAAUCUGAAAAUGGAUUUGCAAAAUCAGGUGGUUUUAAAAAUAUAUAUAAAGGUAUAGGAGCUGUUGCUUUAGGUGCAGCACCAGGAUCAGCUGCUUUUUUUGUAACAUACAAAAAAUUACAAGAAUUACCUUUUAAUGAUAAAAUGUCUCCAUUAAGGUAUGCUCUUUAUGCAAGUAUUGCUGAAAUAUCAGCAUGUAUAGUUAGAGUACCAACAGAACAUAUAAAACAAUUAGCACAGACAUCAAGAUAUAAAGAAGCAAAAGAGGUUAUUUUUCAACAUCCAUUAGAAAGUGCAAUUUUUGGUAGUAUUGCUGGUUCAUUUUCUGCCUUUCUUACAACACCAUUAGAUGUUGCUAAAACUAGAAUUAUGUUAGAUAUUAAUAAUGUAUAUAAAAAAAGUAUAUUAAAUGUUUGGAAAAGUAUAAUAAAGAAUGAAAAACCAAAACAAUUAUUUGCUGGAGCAAUUGUAAGAACAAUGUGGAUAGGUUUAGGUGGUUUCAUAUAUUUUUUUGGUUAUGAAUUUAGUAUGAAAAUGUGGGAAGAUUUUAUUAUUAAACAUUAA